AUGGGUUGGACUCCUGGCAUCUUCCUGAUUCUCUCUUACUUGACAGGUUCCUUUUCUCAGUCUAUAUUGACACAACCACCCUCCAUCUCUGAGUCUCUUGGAUCAACAGCCAGACUCACUUGCACCUUGAGGAGUGGCAUCAGUGUUGGUGGUAAAAAUAUUUACUGGUACCAGCAGAUGGAGGGGAGCGCUCCUCGGUUGUUCCUGUACUACUACUCAGACUCAGACAAGAAGCUGGGGCCUGGAGUCCCCAACAGAGUCUCUGGUUCCAAAGAUACCUCCAAAAAUACUGCAAAUUUGCAGAUAUCUGAGCUACAGGUGGAGGAUGAGGCUGUGUAUUACUGUUUCAUCUCAGAAAGCAGUGCUUAUCACAGUGACACAGGCAGAUGGGGAAGUAGGCAUAAAUUGUAG